GUGUAGUCAGUCGUACCAGUCUGUGAGCUGCUAUCUGCUGGAGGGAGUGUAACUGCUGGAGUCCGAUAAUUAAUGCACUUCGACAAGCAUAUAACGUUAGCUGACUGAGUUUCUGAAGUAGCUCCAGACGUUUCUUUAGCUAUUUCAACACGAACACGUUUCACUGCUGUGUGCUGUUGUAACCAUUUUGUUGUGAAGGGAGUUGAUUUUAAAAGCUAACAGACCGGGUAGCUAACUCGGCUAACGCUAGCUGCUAGCACGUUAGCUAUAGCCACAUGUUACAUUUAGGUUUCCGUCCCCUUCGCUUCGACUCAGAUAUCUGUUUAUGUCGGUAUGGCCCGUAGGAAGGAAGCAUUUCAGUCAAAAGUACUCCAGAAGCUCUACCCUGCAGCUCCCAAAUUGGAGAAGGAGCCCAGCCCACCACACAUUGUAGAGGCCCUCGCCAAAAAAAACUACGUGAAAAGAAAAGCCUCCCAAGAGGACACGGCCACUGGAAAUGCAGGGAAGACACAGAGUGCAGCCAUUCCAGGCAGGCGGAUUUACACGGUCCUACCUCCUCCUGCAGACUUCAAGACAGAUUCUGAGAAAUCCGUCACACUCCCCCAGCUAGAAAGCACAAAUAGUGCCGAGGACCCAGCUGACGACAGCGUCCAUGAUGGCAAUGAAGAACUAGACCAAGAUAAAGAGGAAGAAGAGCAGAAAAGAAAGAGGAGAAGAAGGAAAAGGAAACCAGCCCUUCAUCAAGACUCUGGGAAAGAUGCGGCAGUUCCAGUGAGUGAGUCCGGCAUGUGUCAGAGUCAGACACCUGUGGAUGAGGGAGGAGAGCGCAUUAGCAGGAACAAGAAGAGGAAGCUGAAGAAGAAACGGCACAAAGAGAAGCUGCUCUCCAGUGGCCUGAUGCCCCGGGCUGCUGCCCUGGAGUUCACAUACAAAAAAGAUGGGGAGCAAGAGGAGGUGGAGGAGGAGAAGGAGGAGGAGGAGGAUAACGAGCAGAGAGCUGCUGAGGUGUCAGACUUCCUCAGGACAACGAUGGAAAUCUAUAAGUCAGACUCCUCGUUGCGUGUGGACAAGCUUCCUCUCCUGUCUGGGAUACUGGAUGACCUUCUAAGCAGCAUAGCCAGCGGAGACAAGCCUACCUCUGUCCUGAAGCAGCUCUACAGCCUCAAGGCAUUUGUCCAGCAAAAAGAGUCAGACAGACUAGAAAAAGCACUAGAGGAGCUCUAUAACACUUCUUCUCUGUCUGCAGAGGAAACCACUGCAGUCGUUUCACUGUUCCAAUACUGGAUCACAGACAUUCUUCCCAUGCAGGGAGACAAGAAGACAGGGCUUUCUACAAUGCACCCAUGAGACUGCCAGUCACAGCGAAACAGACUCCACUGAAGGAUUAUUUCCAUCACUUUAGACAAGAAAGUUCUGGAAUAUACCGAGUUGCACACUGUUGGACUUAACAUGAUGUUAUUUAGAAUAUUUUUAUAAUUAAAUAUGUUUUUUUGAUCUA